GGAAAGUAAAACGUCAAACAGCUGAUUACAAAACUUUUGCAUUUACCUCACGCGUUCGGAAUCUUCGAAAAGUUUUCCUGAAUUUUUCCCAAAAUGUCUCAUUUAUUAAAAGUUUUAUCACUGAAACAGCCAAUUGGAAGUCUGUGGCAAACUCAGCGGAUAUGUUGCAACGCGGUUCGGUUUUGUAGCGGCUCAAAAACUACCGCCAGUGAAACGCCCGGUGAAAAUCAAACGGAGAAGCAGAUCGAGGAGACCGACGAUCGGAAGCUCGGUGGAUUCGCAAAGGCCUUCGAGAAACAUGCCGCUCCAGUGGCCGACAAAAGUAAAGACGAACCAUCGAAGACAUUCGCUUCUCUGAUGAGGAACUCUAAAUUUGUAGACCUUGGGGAUCCGGAGAACAAAAUAGUAACUGGUAAAAUUUUCCACGUAGUGGAGGACGAUUUAUAUAUCGAUUUCGGAUGGAAGUUCCAUUGCGUUUGUACAAGACCGGUGAAGAAUGCAGGGGAUUAUGUCCGUGGAGCGCGAGUGCGACUACGGAUUCGGGAUCUCGAACUGUCGACAAGGUUUCUCGGAUCGGACAAGGAUCUCACCUUACUAGAAGCGGACUGUCAACUAUUGGGCCUGAUUUCCUCCCCUGCCAGGCAACAACAGGGCCAACGGGCAGCGGAAGGAUCCUCCUAACGGUAAGUACCACCAAAUGAUGGGGUUAAUAAUAUAGGCAGAAUUGUUGAAAUAGUUA